CUCUUGAAGAUUGCGCAUGCGCAGCAGCUGUGACUCUACCAGGCAGUCCGGUGCAGCAUCGCAGGAGCACCGUUAGUACAGACAGCACUCUGAGCACAGGAGGCUGUAAUCAGUGGAAACACACACACACACACACACACACACACACGCACGCUCUCUCUCUCUCUCUCUCUCUCUCUCUCUCUAUCUCACACACACACACACACACACACAUACACACACACAUACACAACAAAAAACAACAACAAUAUAUAUAAAACCAUGUCUGUGGCCAACGACUUCGGGAACCCUUUAAGGAAAUUCAAGCUGGUCUUUCUUGGAGAGCAAAGCGUUGGAAAGACGUCUCUGAUCACACGGUUCAUGUAUGACAGCUUCGACAACACAUAUCAGGCAACGAUUGGAAUAGACUUCCUGUCAAAAACCAUGUACCUGGAGGACAGAACGGUGCGGUUGCAGUUGUGGGACACAGCAGGACAGGAGCGCUUCAGGAGCCUCAUUCCCAGCUACAUACGAGACUCCACUGUGGCUGUGGUGGUGUAUGAUAUCACAAAUGUGAAUUCAUUCCAGCAAACCUCCAAAUGGAUCGAUGAUGUCAGAACGGAGCGAGGAAGUGAUGUCAUCAUCAUGCUUGUGGGCAAUAAAACAGACCUGGCUGAUAAGAGGCAGAUCACGAUCGAGGAGGGUGAGCAACGGGCAAAGGAGCUCAGCGUGAUGUUUAUCGAGACCAGUGCUAAGACAGGAUACAACGUCAAGCAGCUGUUCCGACGUGUGGCCUCUGCCCUUCCUGGAAUGGAGAGUAUGCAGGAAACAAGCAAAGAGGGCAUGAUCGACAUCAAGCUGGACAAACCGCAAGAGCCGACUACCACUGAAGGCGGAUGCUCCUGUUAAUAGCCCACAGCUAAUCAGUCUACUUCAUGUACACCACGUGCUUGUUGUGUUGCUUUCUGUUGAGUUCCAGUUGAGUUUUUCGAGAUUGGAUAUUUGGCACUCGUUAGACCACGAGGUCACUGCUUGAAAACAGUGUUAAGUCCAUUUCAGUUGUGAAAUAGUAUACUUUAUUAACAAAAUUGCCAAAAAGUCUUCAAAAUUUGAAAGGGACAGAAAAAAAACAAAACAAAAAAGUCCAAUCAUGGAUUCUUUUUUUUUUCCUUUUGAUUUUUAUUUUUGUACACACAAGGAAAAUCUCUUUAAAAAAAAAAGAAAGAAAAAGAAAGAAAGAAUGACAGUAGGUUUAAUACUGCUACAUAUAUGAGGAAGAUUCAUCCAACAGCCAGUAUAGAUUGAAGGGAACCCGAACAAAAAUUACUGGAUGAAAAUACAAAGCAAGCCUGCAUGCAAGACCUGUUUUCGUCGCCGGUUUAGAAUUUUAUAGUUCCACUCGAUUCUGUCAGCUGGCAUACGUGUACACGACUUUCACUAUGUCCAUGUAAACGCUUACUCACACAUGUGACUUUAUGCACUGUAUGAAAACUUCAUUGUUUUAAGGUUUGUGAGUGUUUUUAUGUACUUCAGACAGAGCCAGUGUAGAAGAUUGAGGCUCAGCCACAUCAGUUUAGACACUUUGAAUCCCAUCCUGGAGAAAUGUUCCAUUUUAUUUUUCAUUACCACACAGGCAGACUUCUCUUCACAAGCUUCUCUCAUACUUCUCCUAUUUAAGUUGCUUGAAACGAGAGGAUGAUUUAUAGAAUCCAGCUAUUGCCUGUUCAGUAAGACGUGUCUGAUGUAUGAUUUCUCUCCAGAUUGUAACAUAGACUGAAGAGCCGAAGAGAUGAUUUCACGACUUUGACAUUCCUAUUAAGAAAACAAACAUGAACAUGUAAGCUUUUUCAUAUUGAUAUAGUAUAGUCAUGCUUCACUGUAAAUAAUGCUUUAAGACCGAUGAAUAUGUAGUAUUCCACCGAACACGACAUUAGAUGACUACUGAGAGUUAGGGUUAUGCAGAGAUCUACUGUAGGUGCUUUAUACAUUCGCAUCUCUCGAGGACGUUGAGGUCCGCUCCUGUGUCCGUGUCUGACCUCACGACGCAGUAGUAUAGAGUACCUUUAUUUCAGUCCUUAAUGCACUUUCGAACGAAAGAUGUAAAUGUUUCAAGGUUGAUGUAGAGAAUAUCUCACCAGUCACUAUUAUCCAAAUGACUCCUCUUUAGUACUGCUACAUCUAUUCACAAUUAGGACUAAAUGACUCACAUUUAUCUUUUUUUAUUAUUAUUAUUAUUAUUAUUAAAUGAGCCAAAUACUAAUGUUGAACCAAGAGUUCUGGGGAAAACUUUAAGAGCAGAGCACACAAGCUGUUCAGUUUAACUGCUAAUCAAACAUUCAAGAGAUUUAAGAGUGGUAUUCCAGAUAACGUGUUGUGUAUGAAGUGUUUCCUGUGAAUUUUGCAGAAGAGGCUUUUCAAUUCUGUUCUUAUCUACUUGCAGCAGAAAUUGAUCUCUACUUCCAGAUAAUUCUAGUCGAGAUAUGUGCUGUCUGACUGGAUUGUGCUCUGUAUCACUGUAUGUUUUCACUCACCUGCCU